AAAGAACAGAAGUGUGUCUGGAUCCGGAUCCCUGACAGAGAUGCUGCACUGAGGCUUAACACUUCUGCUCUUCUUGGUGCAUGAAUGCAUUUGGUCAGAUGAAGAAUGAUGCUAUGGACCAUUAUUUUCACCUAAAAGGCACAGAUGAAGAGGGCUAGCAUGUCUCGUCCUGUAUGGAGCUCAGUUCAGAUGUCCUGUUCAUUCUGGCUCCUCCUUCUCUGCUCCUCUAUCAGGUUUAAUCCUGCGGUGUCUGAAUUAGGCCUGGAGGAUGUGUUCUUUCACCCUCAGUCCAUGCGAACUGAAGAGGGCCGGGAUGUUUUCCUUCAGUGUGUCUCGGGUGAUAGUUCUCCUCCUGCUCAGAUUUCAUGGUUAAAAAAUGGCAGACUUCUCACCAAAGGAAACCAGAUUCAGGGACAGUAUGGAGGAGGGAGUCAAAGGAAGACUUCUGGAACUUUGCACAUGGCUAACAUCACUAAAGCAGACCAAGGAGUCUACAUCUGUAUCACCCACAAUCCUCUACUGAACAUAAGAAAAGAAAGUAAAGCAGCAACUCUGACAGUGCAUGGUUCCAAUGUAGACGUAAAGAUUAUUGAAGGCCCCCAAAAUCAUACUGUACCUGUUGAAAUGGAAGCUGCACUGCACUGCUUUGUUGAAGGUUUCCCCAUUCCCACAGUGCGGUGGUUUAAGGAUGGACAUCCAUUACCCAACUCUUCUAGAUGGGAUCUGCAGAAGGAGGGACAGCUGCUGAUUUUUCAGAGAGUAUUGUCAGGGGAUGAGGGCCUGUAUUUCUGUGAAGCUCACAAUGAGAGGCAGAAAGUGAUAUCCGAGCCAGCCUACCUCCUGCCUGCUGUUAUGGAUUGGAUCUUUGUUCUUGAACCUGCCAACCUAACAGUGAGGAAGGGUGAAUCUGCAACUCUUCCCUGUAGGCCUCCUCGCAGUAGACCCCAAGCACAAGUGUCCUGGUUUAAGAACAACAGACUACUCAAGACAGGACCAUAUUAUGUUUUUGAUCCUACUGGAGACCUGGUCUUCCACAGUGUACAAGAGACAGACAGUGGAUUGUAUUUCUGCAGAGCAUCUAAUUCCCAUCUGAAAAGGGCUCUCACAUCGAAAAAAAUAUUCCUGGAUGUUCUUGAACCUCCAUCCGUGACUAUCUGGCCGAUGAUGGUGACGUCUCCUGUUGGAGCUGAAGUGACGAUUCACUGCCAGGUGUUAGGACACCCUGCCCCUUUCAUCAAGUGGUCAAAGCAGGGCCGGUUUGUCCAAACUGGAGGCAAAAUUAUCAUGAGGUAUAUUGUGCAUGGAGAGUUUAUAUAGUAGUUACUGUUUACCAGUGGUGCUUGUGAAUUCAUUUUGUUCCCAGGUUAAGAAACACAACACUUUACAUUUCAUCAGUGAGAAUGUAUGAUGAAGGACAUUACACAUGCGCAGCCUCCAACACACUGGGCCA